AUGGCUACUCAUCAGCUUUUACAGACUAGGCAAAAGAAAAAGUCCUCUAAGGAAUCAGUGUUGUUCCCCAACAAAAUUGCGACCGAGCAGCAGUCCGUGGUGCUGGUGAAAAGACUUCUGGCCAUCUCUGUAUCCUGUAUAACGUACAUGAGAGGACUGUUCCCAGAGAGCUCUUAUGGGACUCGCUAUUUAGAUGGUAACGCUUUCAAUUUGUACCUCUGUCUAAAAAUUCUCCGAGAAGAUAAAAACUGUCUGGGAUCAUUGCAGAUAGUCAAGUGGAUUCAAGGUUGUUUUGAUGCUUUGGAGAGGCAGUAUUUACAUGUUGCUGUCCUCGCAAUUUACACCAAUCCCAAGGAACCGGAGACAGUGACCGAACUGUAUCAGUUCAAAUUCAAGUACAAAAAGGAGGUGCCCCAGAUGGACAUCAUCAGCAACCAAAUGAACUUUGUGAAUGGGGUGUGCAGCGAGGACGUUAAACAGGCCAGCAGGCUCCUGAUCCGUAAACUGUACCUGCUAAUGCAAAACCUCGGGCCACUUCCCAAUGACAUUACCCUGACCAUGAAACUCCUCUACUACAAUGAUGUAACUCCCAAAGAUUACCAGCCCCCAGGCUUUAAGGAAGAUGGCGGCCCUGGUGACCUGUUGUUUGAUGGUGAUCCUGUCAACCUGAGAGUAGGGUCAGUCUCCACUGCGUUCCACCUCAUGAAAGUGAGAGUGACAACUGAAAAGAAGAGAAUGGGGACAGCGGAAAGCAACCUGAUCCAGAAGAAUGGCCCUACUGAGAUCUCCCAUCAAGGGUUAGACUGUGAGGAAGAGGAAGAGGAGGGGAGCACAAAGAAUCACCCUCUCCCUAUCAGAGCAGAUUCAAGCAGGUGUGGAGAGGACAAAAGUGACACCCAUCCAGGCUGGGAAACGGAAGCAUCUUCUUUUUACCUUCAGGAUACAGGUGGAAAGAAGAAGAUGGAAAUAAAGGAGACGGGCAGGAUGCCUCGCUCAAGGGCAUCUCAGCAGAUAAACUGCCUGAACCUUGCAUUUAGCCAGGAAGAGGUAAUAGGACCCAAGAAGAAAAGGAAGGUCAGUGAACCAGAGAAGCUGCUUCUGGAAGUCAGAAAAUAA